GGGUUCAACUAUAUCCUCGAGCAAUAAACUCUUGUGAUAGUUUUGAGGAAUGAUCGACACUUCUGUUGUGUGAAUAACACAAACUGAGUUAAAUUUCGCUUUACACGUAAACUGGGCCAAGAAAGUGGACAUGUAAAGUGUAAAUCGAAGAGGUACUUGUUCACACAGUGUUUUGAAAGCAGUCACUGGGAAAAGAACGCUCGACUACGUCCCCAAAACCUACAACUUUACAACAUUGGAGAAAUGAAACUCAUCACAGGAAGUUUGUUUCUAGCCGUUUUCUUUUGUUCUCAGCACGACGUAGUGUCUGCCAACGAUUUGGGGUCAGUUUCGUCAUGCCUUCCAACCAAAAUGAGGAUAGUUGUGGACCUUGAUCAAAAUCCUGAUCUGAUUGCCUCUGAAAUGCAUCUCAUCGAUUCCGGCUGCAAAGCGACGGAAAGCAAUGCAACCCAUGCCAGAUUUGAUAUACCUCUGAAUGGUUGCGGGACGAUUCGGAUCGGCUCGAAUCCCGAUUACAUUGUGUUCUCCAAUGCUGCAAAAUGGAGUCCAAAACCAGUAGGGAAUCAGCUGCAGACGCGCAAGUACGAUUUUGAGUCUCGCAUCAUCUGCAGAUACGAUCGUAAUGGCUCUGCAUCUGUUUCCAUCAAGCCUGAGCAGGAAAUCUCCGUGAGUCAAACAGUGUAUGGAAAAUUCUCGUUUGAAAUGGAGGUUUACAGUGACCCAGAAAGGCAGCUCAAGUUAGACCGAGACCUUCCCGUGAUACCCGGAACUCCUUUACACUUCAGAGUACAAGUUUCGUCAGGCGAUUCAGCCUUGAUUCUUCAUCUCGAGAAAUGUUGGGCAAGAAACCGGGAUUUUUCUGGAUCACGCGAAUUUCUCGAAAACGGCUGUAACAAUGGUAAGGACGCUACCCUGGUCUACACAUGUGCCAAUUCAACCAUUCAGGAUUUUCGGAUAAACGCCUUCCGCAUUCUCAACUCCCCGGAUGAAUUCGUCUUCUUCUUCUGUGACGUCAUCGUCUGUCUUGAAAAAGCCGAGGCUUCGUUAUGCACUGACCGCUGUAACAACUGUACAGCAGGCUCAACUGGAGCAUCCAGAAAGAGGAGGAGUGGGGAAGAGAAGCCUGGGUACGACCCAGGAUCCAACACGUUCUCUCUCGUUGUUGGUCCUUAUUUGGUCAAAGAAAAAGAUGAUGGAAAAGAUCAAAAGUCACAAGAGGAUGAAGAUCAGACGGAAGUGGAGGGAGACGAACUUUCUGUGACCAUGAUUGUAGUCCUCAGUGUGACGAGCUUUGCAGCUCUUGCUCUGUUCUGCACCACAAUCAUAGUGGUCAUUUUAUUCAAGCGAUGGUCAGCUACACAUACAGAAGAGCAUGCGCAGGCAAGCAAACCAAGGAAACCCAAAGUUUUUAAACUGUAGGCCGAUGGAAAAGCAUGUGAUCCCUACAUCUUGUCAGACUUGGACUGGGUCUUGAAGUUCGUUAAAUGAAGUCGAACGUAAAACGGUUUGGCGAAAACGUAUUGCGCGAGUGAAAUAUUUAUCAAGUAAUUUAGCAUAUGGUCAAUAUGUUAACCUCUUUUCGACCGUACCGUAUUUUAAACUUUUUUCUUUUUCAGCUAAGUAAUUUUGUCUGAGGUGUAUUAUCAAAGACUUUUCUGUCUUUGGUACUUAGAUACAGCCAGUCUGUUUUUGAAAGCUGAUUUAUUGUCAGUGCACCAAAAUUGUGCCCAGAUCAUCUUUGUGGCUCUUUUUGCGUUUUUUUCACGCGAGCGGAGCCUAAGCGACACGAACACAUAGUCCGAGUUAUGCACCAGAGUUGGAACGUCUGAGCUCCUCCUCUCAACUUAAAUGGGCUUGUGUUGUGUCUGAAUAAAGUUUUACAUUAACCUUUA